CUUAGGGUGUUAUUACAAGAAGCCACAAAAAACGAAGAAGAAUAAGAAGUCCAACAAAAAAUAUGAAUUCGUCUUCCUCCUCUUCAUCUUCCUCCUCUUCAUCUUCUUCUCGCAGGAAAUUUCUGGAUACAGGAUUUGCGAUCGGACAAAAAGAAAUAAUAAGAAUCUUGAUUCUGUUUCUUGUUUUGACGGCUUCAUGUCUGUUUUUAUACAAAACAGCGUAUCCUCUGCAACGACUUUCUUUCAACAAUCUCACCUUUCUACUCGCUUCUCCAUCUCCAGAAACGAUAAAACCAGAUAUCGCUUUAAGGAAGAUUUUGGAGAAUGCGUCGAAUGAGAACAAUACAGUGAUUAUAACGACACUGAAUCAAGCUUGGGCAGAACCAAAAUCCAUAUUUGAUCUCUUCUUAGAGAGUUUUCGUAUUGGACAAGGAACACAAAAGCUUCUGAAACAUGUGGUAGUGGUUUGUUUGGAUCCCAAGGCGUUUGAACGAUGCACACAACUUCAUUCUAAUUGCUAUUACCUUAAAACCAUGAACACUGAUUUCUCUGGGGAUAAAGCUUACAACACUCCUGAUUAUGUCAACAUGAUGUGGCGCAGAAUCGAGCUGCUUAUUCAAGUUCUCGAAAUGGGUUUUAACUUCAUAUUCACGGACACUGAUGUAAUGUGGCUUAGAGAUCCAUUUCCCCGACUAUAUCCAGAUGGAGACUUUCAAAUGGCGUGUGAUAAGUAUUUUGGAAACCCUACCAGUUUUGACAACUGGGCCAACGGAGGUUUCGUAUACGUGAGAUCAAACAAUCGAAGCAUUGAGUUUUACAAAUUCUGGUACAAAUCUCGUCAGAAUUAUUCAUGGUUACACGAUCAAGAUGUGUUCAACAGGAUCAAGAACGACCCUUUUAUAUCUAAGAUUGGCGUCAAGAUUAAAUUCUUUGAUACGGUCUACAUUUGUGGGUUUUGUGAACCUAGCAAAGACAUAAACUUGGUUUGCACAAUGCAUGGUAAUUGUUGCCUUGGUUUGGAGAAGAAGAUUCAGGAUCUGAAUCUUAUUCUUGAUGAUUGGAGAAAGUAUAUGUCGUUGUCAAAGCAUGUGCAGAACACGACUUGGAGUGCUCCUUUGAGGUGCCUGGAGAAAUAAUAAUUUAUUCGAUGAAAACUAAGAAUGUGUUUAAUUUUUGUAAGGAAAACUGUUCUACACUCUAACUUAAUCAACUUGUUUUUUUUUUAUAUAAUCUUCGA